AUGGCCUCGCUCGCCCUCCCAUCUCUUCUGCGCACAUCCACACGCGCCCUGCGGAACCCCAUCCCCGCACUCUCCCCAUGUUUAUCCCGCAAGAUCUCUACGAAGCACCCAGUGGGCUUUGUACCACCCACAGAAGAUGAUUUACUAGAGCUAAGAGAGCGGGUGCAAGAUUUUACAAGGCGCGAGAUCCCUGCCGAGGUUGCUGCUCGGACUGAUGAGCUCAAUGAGUUCCCUGCUGAGAUGUGGCAGAAAAUGGGUGACGCUGGAUUCCUCGGUGUUACUGCGAACGAAGAGUAUGGUGGUUUGGGUAUGGGCUACCAAGCUCACUGCGUCGUCAUGGAGGAGAUUAGCCGGGCAUCUGGAAGCAUCGGUCUGUCAUAUGCAGCUCACUCUCAGCUCUGCGUCAAUCAGAUCUCCCUCAAUGGCUCGACGGAACAAAAAGAGCGCAUUCUUCCCGGCCUGCUAUCCGGUGAGAAGGUCGGUGCUCUGGCAAUGUCAGAGCACUCAGCAGGGUCCGAUGUCGUCAGCAUGAAGACUACAGCGAAGGAAGUUGAUGGUGGCUGGAUCUUGAACGGAACUAAGAUGUGGAUUACCAAUGGCCCUGACGCCGACUAUAUCGUCGUCUACGCCAAGACAGAGCCCGAGCUGGGUUCAAAGGGUAUCACAGCCUUCUUGGUCGAGAAGUCCUUCAAGGGCUUCUCAUGCGCACGCAAGCUAGACAAGCUAGGCAUGCGCGGCUCCAACACCGGAGAACUAAUCUUCGAAGACGUCUUCGUUCCUAAGGAGAACCUCCUAGGAGAAAUCAACCGCGGAGUCAAGGUCCUGAUGGAAGGCCUAGACCUCGAGCGACUCGUCCUAAGUGCAGGACCACUAGGAAUCAUGCAAGCAGCACUCGAUCUUGUCCUUCCAUACACUCACGUCCGCAAGCAAUUCGGCACCCCAAUCGCCCACAACCAAUUGAUCCAGGGUAAGCUUGCAGACAUGUACACCAAGCUCGCCGCCUCGCGAGCAUACACCUACGCUACAGCCCGGGAAGUGGAUAACGCAGCCGUGGCACCUGGCGAGAUGAUCAUCCGCACUCAAGACUGUGCCGGUGCGAUCCUCUAUGCCGCCGAGCGCGCCACUGAAUGCACCCUCGAUGCGAUCCAGUUAAUGGGCGGUAGCGGGUAUAUCAAUGAGAUCCCUGCUGGACGUCUUCUCCGUGAUGCGAAGCUGUAUGAGAUUGGCGCUGGUACGAGCGAGAUUCGCAGGAUGGUAAUCGGUCGUGCAUUCAACAAGGAGUAUGCUUAG